AAAAAAUAGUGUAAUCUCUAUAAUGACCUUUUUCAGAGAUAGUGGAAACGACGACGUAUAUUGUCGGGUCUAUCUUCUGCUAAUCUAAAGCCCAAUUGAAUCAUCCAAAUUGAUCAAAGGAGGAAGGGGGUUUAGGCAUAGGGUUUUAAGAAUGCAAAUGGAAUCGAGGAAAUUUGAACCCAGGCUUCUCCUCAAGGACAAACGCUUCUGGAUUGCCUCUUUCCUUAUUGUUUGGGCUGCUGGCCUCCAGGGACACAUGAUGUGCUUACAAAGGCAAGAUGCUUUCAAGCAGAAGUUUGGAACUGUCGAAAAUGAAAAUGAGGUAGCGGACUCUGAUUAGUCGAAACAACAGAUGCUUAUAUAUGCUCAGCUUUUGAUAGUUUCUGCGUCUGAAGAGGAAGCAUUAUUCACAUUUUGGUUAAUAAUGAUGCUUAGCUUCUGAGUUUUUUUUGGAUUCAAUUAAUUACGAUAUUUGUCACCAAAAAAAAAAAAAAGUUGAGUUAAUGGUGAUUCCUCCACCUUCGGUUGUAGCUAAAUAGGAUGCUUAUGUCCUGCAUUUUACUCAGGCUUACAAAUCUGUAAUGAUAGUGGAACUUUGAUCCUUGUGGAAUUUGGGUUGUGCAAUCUUUACCGGUGAUUUGUGUAAGUUCGAUGCAGUUAACUUGAUUUUGGGCAUUUAGUUUUACAUAGACGGAGUAAUAAAGGUGACUCCUUUAGUUUCUAGUGGAUUCAGUUAUAAUCAAAACGGUCUUUGGAAUUGGAGAGUGAAGCAUACGAGAACAGCUUAUGGGUUGGUAAACUAUCCAUAAACAAAAGGACCCAAUAUUUGUUCGCUCGGAAUGGUCAAGCAGUAUAUCAGUCCUGAUUGUAGUGUACAUUGUGUUGAUUCUUGGGAAAUCAUCCAUGGAGAUUGUAGAAGGUUUUCAUGCUUGGAUUUUGAUGCCUAACUCUGCUUAUAUGAUAUAUAUUCAGCUACUUUCUUUUUUUCCAAUAUUAAAAUAGCUAAAGUUGCUGUUUCUGGAAGUUCUGAAGUCUGGUAUUUGCCGUUGGCUAGAUAGUCAUUUUCUGUGGGAUAAUGUUAAGUAGACUUCUUGGCUUUUGAACAUGACACUAAAUGUUAUAUCAUCUGCCUUCUAGAUAUCCUCUGAAGGGAAACAAGAUGCGUGCCAUAAUCAAAUUUGACAACCACAGAUGAUGAUGGUCGGAGAGAAAUGAUUGAAAAUCCUAGAGAGUUCUUUGCAGUUUUCUUUAGGUUCAAUUCAAUACAAAGCCCCUUGAAUUUUAAGCUGAGUCACUGGUUAAGUGUUCAACCUUGCUAGUCAAGACAUUCUAGAAGAGGUCAGUGUACAUAUUUUGGUGGUGUGGUGUGGACUAUUAACUGAAUCAUGCUUUGUCUAAUCGUGUUGGCAAUAACAUAUACAGUCAUAUGAUGUCAGGUUUUAGUUGAAAAUCAAGAAUCUAGUUAAAAUUAUGAGCCAGAUAUACAUAGUUUAACUGGGAUGUUUGCCUUGCCCGAGGCUUAUAGCUUCACCAAGCUAACAUGUGUUUGUUUACACUCCUAAGCACGUCGCUUUUCCACUGUUAUUGAAGAUGAUGGUACACUCUCUGCAUGAUCACUGUUAACAAUAACAGCUUGAUAGUCCUCAGGCUUUGCUAGGCAUUUGACCAGAAUUAAAGUACAGUAUUAAUCAAGAAAUGGAAGUGAUUACUAUAAAUUUUUGUUGCUCAAUAUAUUCAAGCAGUAAAUUGAAAUCCUGUUUCUAAUCUACAAUAUAUUUGAUUAAUUUUUCG